GCGGGCUUGGCCCGAGCCCUCUUCAGGCACAGGCUUCCUGCGCAUGAGACGCGCGCGGGCGGUGCCGGCUGCGCGCUGGGACAGGGAGCGGCGCCGCGAUGGUGGAGCUCUGCCGGCUGUGCUCUGCCUGGGCUGCCGUGGCCCACCUGCUCGUGCUCCACGCCGCGGCGGAGGGCCAGGAGGCCGCGAGGGGUCCCAUGAUCACCAGCGAGGUCUUUUUUGACGUCUCGAUCGGCGGCGAGAUGGCCGGCCGCAUCGUCAUGGGCCUCUACGGCAACAAAGUGCCCAACACGGCGGAGAAUUUCCGCGUGCUCUGCACGGGCGAGGCGGGCUUCGGGUACCAGGGCUCCAAGUUCCACCGGGUCAUGAAGGGCCUCAUGAUCCACGGAGCGAGACUUCACCAAAGGCGACGGGACGGGCGGCAUCUCCAUCUACGGCGAAAGGUUCGCGGACGAGAACUUCAAGCUCAAGCACCGGCGCCCUGGCCUUCUCUCUAUGGCCAACGCUGGCAAGGACACCAACGGGAGCCAGUUCUUCAUCACCACUGUUGCGACCCCCCAUUUGGACGGUAAACACGUCGUCUUCGGCACCGUUGUCUCUGGUAUGAAGGUCGUCCGCAAAAUCGAGGAGCUUCACGGCACGCCACCUUCCAAGCCUUGCGUCAUUGUAGGCUGUGGGCAGCUCGAGACCAAGCCUUACAUCGACGCCACGUACAAGGGCAGGUUUUCCGAGGAGCUCUAAACGCACGUCUUGUUCUGCCCAGUGCCCGCCGUCCCGCGCCCCGCGCCUGAGGCACUCUGCCGCGGCAGGCCAAGGCGGGAACCCUGCGGUGGCCCGAAGAGCAGCGGCUCCGUCGCCCUCGGGCGCGCGGGUCUGGGGCGACGUGGCCACCCGCCACGGCGCGCGCGCGCCCGCUGCCGAGUGGGGCGCCAGCGCCGCGCCGCGCCGGCCCGCCCAGGAACCAGAGUGCUCCGACGGAUCGCGGGCCCGCUGGCGCGCCCGAGCACGCGACCGAGGCAGCGGUCGCGCUCGCGGGCGGUCGGCAUGCGGUUUCCCGGAGGCGUCCUCGGGGCCUGCCAGAUGCCGGGGUGCCCCGAGCCGUGCGGUGGCGAAGCCGCGUGGUGAGUCAGUGGGGAUUGGGGGUCGUGGCGCGGUUUUGCGGCCCUGGUCGUUCUCCGAGGACGUCUAGGACGAUCGGGCCCCCGAAAUCUCGGGCUGCGAUCAGCCAGGAAAGCGGCGCGCCCGAGAAAGCUGCGGCUGUGGGCCGAAGCGAAGCAGCCCCCGCCCUCUGUUCUCUCCAGGCAGAAUCUCCAGGGUCCUGGCCAGCAGUGUCCUGGCUCACGGGGCCCUGACGUCCGCCUCUGGUCUUUUUUUGCUCAAGGCUGCCCCCCUCCGGCGCGCCCGAGCGCCCGAUCGAGGCGGCGGUACAGCGAGCCAGCGCGGCUGGCAGCCAGCACUCGUUUUUCCCGGAGGCGUCCGCAGGGCCCUCCGAACGUGGGCUGUGUGAUGAGCCUCGGGCCCCGGGGCCCUUCCCAGGAGGACAGCAGUGGUUUCGGCCAAAGACGUCCCGUCACAUUGUGGCGCGUUCGGAAAAAA